AUGGCGACGCAAAAGGAGGCAACUGUCUACAUCAUCGAUGUCGGCAGAACGAUGGGAGAGCGAAGCCAUGGACGGGUACAAACAAAUCUCGAGUUCGCUAUGGAAUACAUCUGGGACAAGAUCACAACCACAGUCGCUACUAAUCGAAAAACGGCAAUGUCCGCUGUUGUGGCGCUUCGUUCAGACGACACGAAGAAUGACCUCGACGGAGAGGAAUACGAACAUAUCAGCAUUCUUCAUCCCAUCAGCCAAGUCGUAAUGUCGGACGUCCGGCGGUUGAGCAGCGAGAUUGUUCAAAGUCGAAACGACGUCGGUGAUGCCGUGUCCGCUCUGGUCAUUGCCAUUCAAAUGAUCAAGGAAACUUGCAAAAAGUUGAAGUACAUGCGCAAGAUUGUGCUUGUCACAGACGCCCGUGGAGCAAUGGACACGGACGAUCUAUCGCAGAUCACCAAAGAGAUCAAUGCCGAUCAAAUAGAGCUUGUCGUGCUGGGUGUCGACUUUGAUGAUGUCGAGUACGGCUUCACGGAAGAUGACAAAGACGACACCAAGGCAGCCAACGAAGCGGUGCUCAAACAGCUGUGCGAAGACUGCAACGGCCAAUUUGGAACUCUUGCAGAAGCCAUCGAUGAAUUGGAGAAGCCGCGGACCAAGUCCACAAAUCCAACGCCCUCAUACAAAGGCUUCCUCACGCUAGGAAACGCCGAACAGUAUGAGGAUGCUAUGACUAUUGAUGUUGAGCGAUACCCCAAGACUAUGCAGGCAGCAGCGCCCAGCGCCAGCAAGUUUGUUGUGCGAACCGGUGCUCACGAUGCAACACAGAGCUCUGCGUCGCCUGCGGACGGAGGAGGUGGGACUCAACAGAAUGGUGACGGUUUGGAUGCGGUCCACCGUUCAACUACMUACAUGAUUGAAGAUGAGGAAGGUGCCGGCGGAAAGAGAGAAAUUCCGCUCGAAGAGCUGUCCAAGGGCUAUGAAUACGGCAGAACUGCCGUCCACAUUGCUGAGAGCGAUCGGAAUGUCACGAUGUUUGAGACCACACCAGGACUUGACAUUGUCGGCUUUGUGGACAAGAAACAGUAUCAUCGAUUCCUUGACAUGUCCAAGGCCAACAUGAUCAUCGCUCAGAAGCUAAACGACAAGGCAUCGCUGGCGCUUUCUUCAUUCAUACAUGCAUUGUACGAGCUCGACUCCUAUGCAGUUGCACGAUUCGUCGCAAAGGACAACAAGGAGCCAAAAAUGCUCUUACUCGCGCCCAACAUCGAACCGGAAUUUGAGUGCCUCUACGAUGUUGAACUUCCCUUUGCAGAAGAUGUCCGAAGCUACAAGUUCCCGCCUCUCAAUCGUGUCCUGACCGUCAGCGGAAAGGAAGUCCAAGCCCAUCGAAACCUCCCAAGUGAAGAGCUGCUGGACGCUAUGAGCGAAUACGUUGACAACAUGGACCUCUCAAAAGCCGCGAUUGACGACGAAGGCGAGCCGGCCGACUACGUACCCAUAGAGGAGACCUUCAAUCCGAAGCUYCACCGGAUUCAGCAAGUCAUCAGACACCGAGCAGUGUUCCCCGAGGCGGAUCCACCUGCAYCAUUUCCCAUCAUAGGAAAGUUCUCCAACCCGCCAGAGGAACUCGUGAAGAAGGCCAAAGCGGCUCUGGAUCGUGUCAUUGAAGUCGGCCAAGUCAAAAAGGUGCCUCCAAAGACCAAGGGAAAGAGAUGGAAUCGCAAAGCUGCUCCUGCGCCUCUCUCCAAUCUGGACGUCGCAGCUCUUCUCGCUCAAGCUCCUGGUCGCAAAGGCAAAGGCCGACGAAUCGAUCCCAAGAACGCCAUUGCCGAGUUCAAACAGGUCUUUGAGGAUGGCAGCGAAAUGGACGAGAUCAAGGAUGUUUGCAAGCAAUACGGGAACAUCAUCGUUGAUUGGAUUCGACAUUCGGUCGGGGAUUCCAAGUAUGGGCAGGCCGUGGAAGCGAUUCUUGUCAUGAGAGAGGAGCUGGUUGAGUUUGAAGAGCCGGAUAUCUUUAACGAGUUCAUGAAAGAUUUGAAGAAGAAGAUUUUUGGAGGGGAGUUGAAUGGGGACCGGAAUUUCAUGUGGUACAAGAUUCGGGUGGGGAAGUUGGGGUUGAUUACAAGUGAUGAGGCUGUUGCAAGUAAGGUGACAGCGGAGGAGAGUAAGGCAUUUCUGGUGCCUCCAUCGACGGCGAAGUGA